AUGGCUUCCGAAACCCCCAAGCAGGAGAUUGACUACUCCCUCAACAACCCCGAUACCCUCACCAAGUACAAGACCGCUGCUCAGAUCUCUGAGAAGGUCCUUGCUGAGGUCUCCAAGCUCGUCGUCGCCGGCGAGAAGAUCGUCGACAUCUGCGCCAAGGGCGACAAGCUCAUCGAGGAGGAGCUUGCCAAGGUCUACCGCGGCAAGAAGAUCACCAAGGGCUUCGCCCACCCCACUACCGUCUCUCCCGCUGCUUUCGUCACUCCCUACACUCCCUUGAGCACCGACGAGAAGGAGGCUGCUGUCGAGAUCCAGGCCGGUGAGCCCAUCAAGAUCCAGCUCGGUGCUCAGAUCGAUGGCUUCGGCUCCAUCAUUUGCGACACCGUCGUUGCCCCCGCCAAGGACCAGACCGACGAUGUUAUCGAGGGCCGCAACGCUGACCUGAUUCUCGCCAACUACUACGCCAACGAGGUCCUCCUCCGCCUCAUGGUUCCCCCUGGUCUUCUCGCUACCGGUACCGAUGAGGAGAAGGCCAAGGCCGCCUCCCAGAAGCCUCCUUCGCAGGCCAAGAUCACCGACCUUCUCCAGAAGGUUGUCGGCGCCUACGACUGCAACCUCGUCGAGAGCACCACCUCGUGGCUCUUUGACCGCAACGAGAUUGAGGGCAAGAAGAAGAUUGUGAUUGCCGCUGGCGAGAACACCAAGGGCGAGGGUGUCCCCGAGGUUGGCGAGGUCUGGGGUGUCGAGAUGGGCGUCAGCUUGGGAUCCGGCAAGGUUAAGCAGUUCGAGAACCGCACUACCCUCCACCGCCGCACCACCACCACCUAUGCCCUCAAGCGCCCCAGCUCGCGCAAGCUUCUUUCUGAGGUCCAGAAGAAGUUCGGUACCUUCCCCUUCAGCUUGAGGCAGCUUGAGGACGAGCGUGAUGCUAAGUCCGGUGUCAUUGAGUGCGUCCGUGGAAACGUCUUCCGCGCGUACGAGGUUGCUGGUGACAAGGACAACUCUCCUGUUGCCAGACUCCUUACCACUGUUGCCAUCACCAAGAACGGCCUCACCAAGCUUGGCGCCGCCCCUGCGCUCGACCUCUCCAAGUUCAAGACCGACAAGAAGAUCGAGGAUGAGGAGAUCCUUGCCAUCCUUGCCCAGCCCCUCUCCAGGAACACUGGCAGCAAGAGCAAGAACAAGAAGAAGAAGGCCGCCAAGAAGGAGGGCGAGAAGGCCGAUGAGGAGUAA